CCGGCUCCCCACAGGGCAGCGGGGCCGGCGCGGCGGGCGCUCCCCUGCGCCCCGGGACCCGCCGCACAGGGCUCUCCCGCCCGCGGGCCGCUCUCGGAGCUGACGCGGCAGGGCCGCGCGUCUCCGGGGCAACCGAGAGCCCGCGGAGCGUCGCUCCCUCGCGCCACGCCGGCGACCGCAGCCCAGGCCACGCCCCGCCGGGCUGAAGGGGCGCGCGCGCGGCGUGGCCGCCUCCCGGGCAGGGCGGAGCGGAGCAGAGCGGAGCAGCCCGGCGGUGCAGGCGGGCGGCAGCGGCUCUCGUUCGCAGCCCUCCCGCCUCGCCACCACCUGCCGCCAUGUGCGAGCCCAGCAAGCAGGACAUUGCCGCCAUCUUCAAGCGGCUCCGCUCCGUCCCCACCAACAAGGUAUGUUUUGACUGCGGAGCGAAGAACCCUAGCUGGGCAAGCAUAACAUAUGGAGUUUUUCUCUGUAUUGAUUGUUCAGGGACCCAUCGAUCACUUGGUGUUCAUUUGAGUUUCAUUCGAUCUACAGAACUGGAUUCCAAUUGGUCUUGGUUUCAGCUGAGAUGCAUGCAAGUUGGAGGAAAUGCAAAUGCUUCUGCUUUUUUCCAUCAACACGGAUGCACAACAAACGAUACCAAUGCAAAGUACAACAGUCGUGUUGCUCAGCUUUACAAGGAGAAGAUUAAAUCUCUUGCAACACAGGCAACAAGAAAGCACGGUACUGAUCUGUGGACAGAUGGAUGUGGAAUGUCACCUGUGUCACCUCAAAACAAAGAGGAAGACUUUUUUGCAUCCCAUGUUUCUCCCAAGGCAAAGAAUACAGAGCAGGUGUUAUCAGAGCCAGCUUCUCUGCAGCAGAAAACUCCAGAAAAUACUCCAGACUGCUAUGAAGGACCAGAACAUGGACCAAGUGUUGAUUGCCUCAGUACGUCACCAAAAGCUGCAUUAGAGAACACCACCUUCAUAAAAAAGAAGCCAAAUCAAGCUAAGAAGGGGCUCGGUGCCAAAAAAGGUGGUUUGGGGGCACAAAAAGUGAGCAGCCAAAGCUUUAAUGAGAUUGAAAAACAAGCACAAGCUGUAGAUAAAAUGAAGGAGCAAGAGGAUCUUCAUAGCAGUAAGAAAACUGAUAAGGAAGAGCCACUCGUAUCAUCUUUACGGUUGGCCUACAGAGAUCUUGAUAUUAAAACAAAAGAAGAAAAUUUAAAUCUAUCUGGUAAGAAGAAAACUGAAUUGGAGAGGCUUGGCAUAGGAUUUGGCAGCAACAGAAGUGGCAUUUCUCACUCAGUCACCUCAGAUAUGCAAACAAUAGAGCAGGAAACACCUGUAAUUGCAAAGCCGAAGAAAAAAUACACCGAUGAUGUAGAAGACUCGUAUUUCUCUGCUAGUUCAAGGUACUACGAUUCUUCAGAUUUAAGGAGCAGCACUUUCUCUAAAUGGGACGACAAUUCAGACUCUUUUUGGAAGAAAGAAAGCAGUAGUAGAGAUGUUGAUGUAACGUUAACUUCAAAAAGUACAGGAUUUUCAGACAGGCCUGCAUCUCGUCGUAAGCCUGAAUAUGAACCACCUUUAAACACAGAUGAGGCACAAAAAAAAUUUGGCAAUGUAAAAGCAAUUUCAUCAGACAUGUAUUUUGGAAGGCAAGAUCAAGCUGAUUAUGAAGCAAGGGCUCGGCUAGAAAGACUUUCUGGAAGCUCAUCUAUAAGUUCAGCUGACUUGUUUGACGAUCAGAAAAAGCAACCAACAGGAAGCUACAAUAUUACAAAUGUCUUGCCUUCAGCUCCUGAUAUAGCUCAGUUUAAACAAGGAGUGAAAUCAGUGGCUGGAAAACUUUCUGUACUUGCUAAUGGGGUCAUGACAUCUAUACAGGAUCGAUAUGGUUCGUAACAUCUUUUGUAUCGACAUAAUUAGGUACACUGAAGAAGGAUUUCUCUUCAGAUAUACAAGUAAUCACACUGCUGAUUGGAGUGAAGGUUGCCUUAAGACUGUUGAUGUUUUCACUUGUUCCAGCAUAUUUUUUUCCUUAUGCAGCUUUCUGGCUCAGCCUCUUCCUACUGCUGUUUCAUCUUUAUGGAGCAGAAACCUUGCAGCAACUUGUUACAUUGCAUGUCCUUUUUUGAUUUCCCCUCUCUUACAGUCUUACAUUUGUUAGCAACCUUAAUGUUAGAUGUUGGAAGCUGUAUUUUAUUAUUGGUUUCAGCUGUGAGGCAGGAAUGAGAAAGAAGGAUGAAUGCAUACAUUGCAAAUGAGGCUUCCUAGUAGAAACCUCAGUGCAGUUUCAUCCUUACCAGACAUAGCUUGUCUUCCGACUCUUAUGAGCUGUGGAGAAGAAAAUGUAAAUGAAGUACAUGCUGAGGUGGUAUUUAGUAGACUGUUGCAAAAUAUAGAAUUAAGUUAAACCUGCGCUUAUCAGGAAGUAGAAGCUUUUGCAGUCAUAAACUGAUGUGCAUUAAAACAAUGGGGAAUUAAUUGUUUUAAAAUAAUAUUCCUGCUAGAAAAUUGUAUGCUUAGAUGAGAAGUAUGGAGAAGACAAGACACGUGGUAUAUUGAAUAGUGGAUUUCAUCUUGUUAUGGGAACCAUCUAUUUAUUCCUAGUUUUGAAAGUUACAAAAAAUUGCAAUAUAGAAUCCUUAAGUGCUUUUUAAAAAUCUGUAUUGUGUACAAAUUGAACAAAAAAAAAAUUAAAUAUAUAAAGGGCCCAAUAGAGUAGUUAAUUAAAUACUUGUUUAAAAUGUUUAGAACAAGCAUAGAUUUUUGAUAAACUAUGAAAUAUUGAAUGAGGAAAUAGUGGGGCUGUGUUUUAGACAGUCUAAAAUUUUUUGUUGAUGACAUCCUGUAUAAAAAUGAUUACGACCUUAAAGAAAAAACCAUCACAACCAAGAAUGAGCACAAGAUAAUUCCAUUCUGUAACUUUAUUUCUUAAUUCAAAUUUGUAAACUGUUGAUAUCUAAUAAAAAUAAUUGCUAUAAACUCAUUUUAAAAUUAAAUUUCUAUGUGCAGA